AGUGUGCACGUUUCUAGGAAAAGUUGAAUAUAACUGUUGUUAUACUUUAAAAACCAAAAUAUAUAUAAACUAAAUGAAGUGAAACAAUAUACCAAUUGUUUAAUAUUCGAACAGGAAUAAGCAUUAGUAUUUGAAUCAACUGCUUGUCAACAACCGAGUGACUAUUACGCCGGGUACCUGCUGGCAAAGUGAUCUAGGGUACCGUGGGAACGAAAGAGAGAAAACUUAAGUGACAUUAGAGAGUUCGGACUGGAAACAUGGCCGCUCCCUCAUCGCAACUAAUUACUCUGUGUUUAUCUCUUAACCUCGUUUGUUCUAUUGUAAUAGUCUUGCUCAACAAACUUAUUUAUGUGAAUUAUGCCUUUCCUAACAUGACUUUGACGUGUAUUCAUUUCCUCGUCACUUCUGUGGGUUUGUUUAUUUGUCAGCAACUCAAUGUUUUCCAGCCGAAACGUCUUCCCUUCUUAGAUCUAUUGCCACUGGCCGCUUCUUUUUGUGGUUAUGUGGUCUUCACAAACCUUUCACUACAAUAUAAUUCGGUCGGUACUUACCAACUCAUUAAGGCAAUGACAACACCGUGUAUUAUUUUCAUACAGACGUAUUUUUACCAUAAACAUUUCUCGUUAUAUGUCAAAUCGACAUUGAUCCCUAUCACCAUUGGUGUGUUCUUAAACAGUUACUAUGACAUCAAGUACAAUCAUUUAGGAGUCAUUUUUGCAACUGUUGGAGUCUUGGUUACAUCACUCUAUCAAGUGUGGGUUGGAGAAAAACAACAUGAAUUACAAGUGAACUCUAUGCAGUUGUUAUAUUACCAGGCACCAAUUUCAACAUUGAUGCUCCUUUUCAUAAUUCCAUUCUUUGAACCAGUUUUCAGUUAUUUAUUACCACCUUGGAAUCUGCAUGCAGCAGGGAUUGUUACAUUGUCUAGUAUUGUAGCAUUUUUAAUCAAUUUGACUAUUUAUUGGAUCAUUGGCAACACAUCACCUGUUACCUAUAAUAUGGUGGGCCACCUGAAAUUCUGUCUGAUUCUUUUUGGUGCUUAUCUGUUCUUUAAUGAAUCAUUACAUUUUCUUCAGCUCUUGGGAAUUUUAAUCACUCUUUCUGGUAUUGUUCUUUACACGCACAUAAAGAUGGCAGAUCAAAAGACAAAGAAUACGUUACCACUACAGACAAAUGUCAGUGAAAAAGACCCUAACUCUGUCAUUUCAUAGCAUAUUCCAUCAACCCUGUACAGUAAGAUUUCGUUCCCAUGAAAAACUGAUAUCAAAGCCCUUAAAAUAUCUGUGUUAACUAGUUUGCUUAGCUGGUGGAGGUAAACACAGUAAUUUACAACUACAUAUACAAGAACAUAGGAACUACUAAAAAUGUUGACUUUUUCAAGGAAGUAAAUUUGGUGGACUCAGACUUAAGCCUGUGAUUUUUUUUCAACGAGACACCUCAAUUUCCACAAUAAAAUUAACUCUUUCUAACAAUACUUCAACUAAUCCAUGAAAUACAUUUUUUAUUAAUCAAAUACUACCAAAAAUAUUUACUCAUAUUAAAAUAUGUCAAUCCAGAAUUGGUUAUAUGUGAUGGCACGUGGCUCAGUGGUUAGAGUAUCAGGCUCACAAUCAUGUGGUAAUGAGUUUGAUUCCUGGAUUGAGCUGCGUGUUGUGUUCUUGUGCAAGACACUUUAUUUCACAUUGCUUCAGUUCACUCAGCUGUAGAAAUGGCUCAUGAUGUCGCUGGCAUCAAGUUGUACUGGCCUUUGACUUUCCAUUGGAUAACAUUGGUGGUAUGAGGAGGCGAGGCUGGUAUGCAUGGACGACGGCUGGUCUUCCAUAAACAACUUUGACCAGACUUAUACCUUGGAAAGGAACAUCUAGGUGCGAUCCCAUGGUCAUUCAUAACCAAAAAGGGUCUUGAAAGUGUAAAAUAGCAUGUCGUGCCUAUACUCUGCAGGUUUCUUUAGCAUCGAGUGAGUAAUCUUUCUUUGACUAAGACAAUACUUGAACAAGUACUAUGGACAUGGCAAUUGUGAAUUCAAUAACCCUAAGCGAUAGUUGGAAUUUUCCUCUUCAUUUUUUUUUUAUGAAUUAGACUAGGAAGGAGGGGCAGGACCUGUUACCUUUAUUUUUAUAGGCCCUCCCAGACUAGUGAGACUGAUGCAGCUGAUGUGCAGUUUGAACAUCUGUAAGCUGAUAUCUGCAAGAAAAAUGCGGAUGAGUAAAGAAAUCCUUAAAGGAAAAUUGCAAAGCAUUUUGUGUGGUAUGUAGAGCUCAUUGAACUCAUUCCUCACAAAAGUUUUCCUAUCAGAUUUCAAAUUCAACACAGCAAACUAAUGAAGCACACAUCCAUUUUACUGUGUUCCCAUAGCUUUAUGUGGUACAUUGUAUGUUGAUAUGCUACCAAUAUACAGCUUAAUUGAUCAACACAUUGAGAGUUAAUACUUUUAUCAAAGAUACAGAAAUCUGUAGUAUACAAGGAGUCAAGAGACCGUAUUUUUGUAACUAUUAUCCACUUAGACACUGUAUCUGUUAUACAUUAUAAAUAUCUGCAGGUAUAUUUUAUCUUUUACUUGUUUCAGUCAUUAGACUGCAGUCAUGCUGGGGCACCAUCUUGAAGAAUUUUUUAGUCAAAUGAAUCAACCCCAGUAUUAUUUUUUUUUAAAGCCUGGUACUUAUUCUAUUGGUCUAUUUUGCCAAAUCACUAAGUUACUGGGAUGUAAAUGUGCCAAUACCAGUUUUCAAGUAGAGAGACGGGGUGGGACAAACACAAUGGGCUACUUUAAGUUUCUGCUUAUCAAAUCCAUUCAGAAGGCUUUGGUCAGCCCAAGGCUACAGCAGAAGACACCCAAGGUGCCAUGGAUUGGGACUGAACCUGGAAUCAUGGUUGGAAAACAAACUUCUUACAACACAGCCAUGCCAAACAACAAAAUACAAUUGUGACACAUAAUUUGAGUUAAAGAAAGGUCUUAGAGAAAAUGGACAUUGUAAAAAAGUAUGAAUUAUUUGCUUAAAGGUGCAGAGAACUGAAUAUGGUAUUUACACCAGAGCCUCACUGCUCUGAAUUCAAUUCUCACAAGAAUCAGAUUGUAAUAAUUGUCUGUCAGGUCAGAUGUGGGGAAUGUGCCAUUGCAAUAUGUUGCUGUUGGUAAAUUCUCAGAUCCUCCUUGGAUCCUCACUCAGUCUGCAUCUGCACAAUUAAUUAAUAACACGUUUUUACUUUGUAAAACUGGCCAUGUCAAAAGGUAUCAAUUUUAAAUUGUAAUUGCUGUGUAAUUAACCAUUUUUUUUUUUUUUGUAACCUAGUAAUUUGGAAAUUGGCUUUUAUUGAUUAAAAGGUAUGCAGGGAUUUAUGUUGAUGAGAAACUUGCUUAAACAACUUCUCUCAAAAUCUUUUCGCAAGUAUGCAGAUGUAAAUUAACAUAACUAACAAAUCUAUAACUUCUUGUAUCACAAGGAAUAUCAGAAUCACACUUUUGUAGCUUAUGCUUUCAAUGCAAUACCAUAUAGUAUUAAGUGUUGACAUUUUUGACAAUUGAGACCCUUUUCAUUGCUCUACUCUUCUAUUGCCUGUAAAAUUUUUCUUACAUACUUGCUAUAGGACAAAAAUUAUUAGCUCAGUUCUUGAGGAUUGGAAAAUAUUUUUCACUUAUAUGUUUCAUAAGGUGAUGCUCUGUUUAAAAUAAUAGUUUUCAUUUUGGUAAAUUUGUUUUAUCAAUACACAAGGUUUUUUAUAUGUAACUUCAAGGAUUAAAAUGAAAUUUCCAAUUAUGUUUUUGCCUUAUGAAGAAAAAUAUUUAAUUUCCUCACAAAUGCAGUUAAUAGAUAUAAGGAAUUAUAAAUUCAAAAGACAUGUGCUGCAAUUAAGCAAGUGAUCUGGACAUUAUUUUGAUUGCUGAAUUAGAUAUAUAGAAUUCCUAAAAAUAAAUAAUUUUCUAUGUUCGAUAAUAUUUCUCAAUGUAAUUUUAUGAAAGAUUUGCUUACUUUUCUCAUUUAGUUCAGUAACUAAACUUUUGUUAUUUUGAUACUAAAGUGGGAUUGUUUUUUUCUGCAUUUUUCUUUUUUUUCUUUUAUGGUCAGUAUUGAUGGAAUGAUUUUUGGUAUAUUUUAUCUAAUUGUCUUACAGAGAGAGCAUACUCUUCUCCAUGUGAUACUACUUUUUUUUUUACAUUUAUCUGUAUCCUUUAUAAGUUUAUAAAAAUAAUCAUUAAGAAUCACCUCUUAUAAUGAGGUGAUGCUGUUAAGAGAUGAUUUUACAAUCUUAUUAACAAAAGGGUAGCAUGAAAAUUUCUCUGCUUCAUAUGUGUACAGAAUUACAAGCAUUCAUUAAGUACAGUAAAAAAAACAAAAAGAGCUGACUUUUUUGUUGACACCCACUUCUGAAAAUGUUCAAAUCAUCACCAUGAUGUGCCUUCGUUGUAACUAUUUUCCAUUUUUAAACUUUGUUUGCACUUAACUCUGCUUCUCAUUAUUUGCACAUUUUUUCUCUCUCUCUCUAAAUAAGCCUAUUACAAUUAAUUGACUCAAGAAGUAGAUGCCUAAAUUCAUACAAAGCCAACCAUCCAUAUACAUACAUAAAUCAAUAAAAGAAAAAUGUAUAUAUAAACACACAAAUUAUUUUAUACAAUUUACAAGCCUUAAAUCUAUAUAAAAUACUAAGAUUAAUUCAAUCAACUUUUCCCAUCUUUUGCAGAUAUUUUCCUUGCAUGUCUAGUCAAAGGAUUGUAAAAAAAAAAAAAAAAGCAAGGCAAUUACUAUAAAACAAAGCUGGUUUUCUCCUACUUUAGAAAUAGUGUCAUGUGUCUAUUGUAAUAGAACAAAUUGAAAAUGAAGGGGAUACAGAAACAAGUAUUGAAGAAAUAUUUCUUUGUUUGGUUUGGGACAAUCUGAUACAAUCAGUCCUUUCUGCCUCAUUAUUAUGGCCUUUUGUAAUGUAGUCUAUAUUGAUUUAAAGUCCAUAUAAUCAGUUUUGUUUUUUAUGAUUAUGAAAAAAUGGCCACCAUGAAGUACAGCUGUUUUUAUUUUUAAAAUAUCAACUUGAAUGUGCUAGCUUUGUGUGAUUUUAGUUGUCUACAUUCCUGUAGCACUUUUAUUCUUUUACAUAUAUUCUAUUCCUGGAAUACACUCACUUUCUCAAGCCCCUUAUUUUCAACACACCAAUCUCAUUCAUCCUAUUUACUUAGUUUUCUUUGUUUCUUCUGUUAUAAAUUAUGCUAACUGAAAACAAAAUUCAUUAGUAUUAAACAUUGCCUUAUAUUCUAGGACUGGUUUCACUCUUCUGGACUGAGGCAUCACUUUCAAGACUUCUAAUUGAUUAUAUUGAUUUAGUACUUUAUUAGCUAUUCCAUAUAUCAACUAGACCCAUGAAACAGAAGAGCUCUUCAUAAGAACCUCUCACUAUAAUAAAAUAUACACUAUGUAAUUGUAUAAUGAGUCCUCAUUUGAACUAUGGUCUUCUCAGAUCUAUACUGGCCAUAUGCCCAUAAUUAGAGAGUGAUAACAUAACUCUAAUAACUGAAUGCCAUAGGGUAUUUUGGUACUAUGAUUUAUCAGCAUCCCUUCUGUGCAGUUUUUGUCUAUCAAAUUUUUACUUCCAAAGUUAGAGUAGAAGACACAUACUCAAGAUACCAUGCAAUGGGAUUGAAUUUGGAACCAUAUGGUUGUGAAGUGAACUUCUUAACCACAUGGCUAUGCCUGUAUUAAUUUUCUUUUUUGUUUUGUUUCAUUUUUUUUCUUUCAGCGGUUGAAUACAUAUUUCUGAGAACAGUAACCUAAUGAACGUGGAAGCAAACUUUUGAACAUAUAUCUUUGUAUUUUUAUUUUAUGGUGAUCAUAGAUCCAAAACCUAAUUCAACUGCUGAAUAUUUAUCAAAUGUAUUGAAAUUCUCUUUGAAAAUAUAAUAUCGAUGCCUUCA